AUGCCUUCCAAAAAGAACGCGGCUCGAUAUGACAGGGUAUGUUCUUCGCAUGCUGGUACCGUCCUUAGAUCCCGUUUCGAGGGGCGGCCAGAGAUGCGCCGAGAGCUGUACAGAGGAAGUUUCGUCGGGGAGGUCGUGAAAUGGAUGCUCAAUCACGGCAUGGGGCGAGCAUUUUUCUGGUUGGAGCACACCGAAGUGGAUGGAGUCGGCUGGACCCAAACAGUGUCGACCCUCGACAAAACAGAAUUCAUCGCGGCCACGGUGAUGCUGAUCGGGAUCAUGGCAAUCUGUUUCGCCCCAUUCUGCCUUGUGAGUUUUGGAGUCGGCCACGACAAGGUGUUUACCGGCGUAGCCCUCGCGAUCUGUGGCAUCGUUGUGGCUACCUUUUUGUAUGGAGGCCAGGUGGGAGUAGGUAGCGUCAUCAUCGGCUUGACCUAUAUGACCGUCCUCUUCUCAUCCAUCUCGGAGCGGCUCAUUGGCACUUCUAGCUAA